AGAAACUAUAACGCGCGACGAAACGGGAAGGUUUGUGGAGUACGAGAGGCUUGGAGACAUGACUGAGGUACCGCCGGAACUGUGUGAUGAUAGUAUACCACAUUAUUAUCUGCCUCACCAUUCAAUUAUAAAUGGAGAAAGCACUACUACACCAGUACGAGUUUUUUUGAUGGCUCAGCAACAACAACUACAGGCAUCUCACUUAACGAAGCACAGCAUAUCGGGAUUCCCGUCCAAGACGAACUUUUUUCUAUUUCGGUACGGUUUCGAAUCCAUCGGUACGUGAUAUCUGGCGACGUAGCUAAGAUGUUCAGAGGGUAUAAAAUAAUAAAGGAGCAAAGAGCAAUGCAGAGAAUUUUAUGGCGCACUGAUAGGAACUCACCGGUAAAGAUAUACGAAUUAAAUACGAUUACGUAUGGAACAGCAUCAGCACCAUUUUUGGCAACAAGAUGCCUGCACGAACUCGGAUUACAAAAUAAGGAAAGAUAUCCAGAAGCGAGCAAAGGAAUUUUGCACGAUUUUUACGUUGACGAUCUGCUAUCAGGCGCUCAGACAUUUGAAGCAGCCUGUCAAUUAAAGGCUGAAUGGACGUCAAUAUUAGAUUCCGCGGGUUUGGAAUUAAGAAAAUGGGCAUCGAACGAUCUGCGAAUUAUUCAAGACGGCAAUCAAAAGGAGCACGAGGACGUACCUAUUCAUGGAGAAAAAGAUCCAAAAACGUUAGGAUUAGUGUGAAACCCGAAAAAUGAUACGUUAAAAUACCGCGUGAAAGUGACCGAAUCACGAAAGAUAACUAAAAGAACGAUUCUUUCGAUUAUCGCGCAAAUUUUCGACCCACUCGGACUUGUAGGCCCGGCUCUUAUUCAAGCCAAAAUAAUGAUGCAAAAAUUAUGAUCGUUAAAAUUAGAUUGGGAUGAAUCAGUCCCUCAAAAUGGACACACAAGUUGGAAUGAAAUCUAUCAAGAUAUACUGAAUAUCGAUGAAAUAGUGAUACCGAGGCACGUAUCAUCGGCAGAGUUUAGUAAACUCGAAUUUCACGGAUUUUGCGAUG